AUGCACCAGCAAAAGGACCUGCCCGCGCACGUGGAGCUGCUCACGGAUUACGAAGGCGAGGGCGUCUACACGUCGGUCGCGUCCGCGGCGCAGCAGGAUUUGCUUUGCCGUCGGUUUGAUCAGAUUGUGCGCGAUCGCGCGGAAACCCCUGCCGACUCCACCACGACGAGGACUUCACCGACGGCGGCGGUGCUCUUCUCCUGCUUUGGCCUCGUUCCCACAUCGGGCACGAUCUUCUUGUCGUACGACAUCGUCCCGGACGUGCCGAACUUUGGGCAGUUUGUACGAAAAGCGCUCGCACCACCAGGGUGGCGGGCAACGGCCGUCUCGCAGGGCGGCGCGAGAAGCGGUGGGGGGAAAUCGGAUUCAGGGGAGCGCGACGGCGCCUUGCGACGGCCUAAGGAAAAAGCACCGCGUCCGGAGGGAGAGGGGGAUUGCAGCGCUUUAUCGCUUGACGAAAGUCGCAUCACCGAGGCGGGGAGGUUAAAAGAAGUACCUGCCUAUCGCCAUCUCCUCCUCCUGCUUCGGCCGAAUGAGGUGAAGGGGAUGCUGCGACAUCUCCGCCUGACGGGGGAGGCCCUCAACCUGACUUACACUCCGCUAGCGCACCGACCCUCUCAGGCCAGCUAUCGCUUAGCCGCUGAAAAGCUAAAAUCAUUGAAUAAGAAACUUUUUCCCAUUCAAAAUUCGGCCUUUCAGGCGUAUAAGACUACCAUGAAGGCGUAUAGCGGAGUGGGGCCACGUGAUGUGUACGAUGAAAAGCAACUGAACCUUGAAAAGGUCGCGGAAGAAUUUGGCUUCACCGAGCUCCCUUUGCUUGAUUUGCGGCUGAGAGAUAAUAGUUUUCGUCCAAAGGAGGAUUUGUACAAAUUAUCUAGGAAAAAGCAGGCGGAGGAGCGACGAGCGUAUAAACGAUUCGCUGAGAGCAACAUCCCUAUUGAUCCGUAG